AUGUACUUUGAAACCUACAAAAAUACUUUUGCAGUUGAUGCAUUGGAGUACUUUGGUUUGAUAAAAUUCCAAGAAUAUGCAGAUAGGUCAAGUUCAACGAGUUGGCUCGAACAAGGUGAUUCGGAGAGAGAUUCAAAGGAAUGUGCUUUAGUUAAUGGGUUGGCAAAAAGCGAGGAUGUCGAUCCGUUUCUGGUCGAAUUCAACGGUCCGACUGACCCCGAGCAUCCACAUAACUGGUCUACUAUUAAGCGAUUUGUCGUUGUCUUUAAUGUGAUGGUACUUACGUGCGUCACGUAUAUGGGGACUUCGUUUUACACGCCAGGACAAGAUUUAAUUGAAAAAGAGUUCCAUGUGGGACAUGUAGUAGGCACACUUAAUCUUUCUUUGUAUAUUUUGGGAUUUGGACUUGGGCCGCUGGUUUUUGGACCACUUUCUGAAUUCGUUGCAUUUGGGCGUCAAAGGCUUUUCAUUGUAACGCUGUUUCUGUUUGCUAUGCUACAGAUAGGAUGCGCUCUGGUGAAGAAUAUUGCAGGACUAGUGAUCCUUAGAUUCCUUUCUGGAAUAUUUUGUUCUCCAUCAUUAGCCAAUGGAGCUGCUGCCGUUGGAGAUGUUGUCAGACCGAGACACAUUCCUGUAGUACUUGGUUUGUGGGCGAUAGGGGCAUUAGCGGGACCAUCUACAGGGCCUUUACUUGGUGCGUCUAUGGUUGUUGCGAAAAAUUGGAGAUAUAUGUUUUGGUUGUUGAUGUGGAUAAGCUCAGCGACACUUCUUUUAAUGGUUUUCUCUUAUCCUGAAACUAACGAAGAUAGUAUUUUGUACCGCAGGUGCCAAAGGAUAAGGAAACUCACGGGUGAUAAUAGGUAUUAUACGGUCAAGUCGAGGGAAGAAGAGAAAUUAAACUGGAAGGAUAUCGGCAUAACUACUCUGUACAGACCCUUUGAGAUGAUUAUUAAGGAACCGAUUGUGAUAGCAUUGAACGUGUACCAUGCAGUCGAGUAUGGUGUAUUUUAUUUGUUUUUUGAAGCCUUUCCCAUAGUAUUUGGUGAUGUAUACCAUUUCACGAGGGUUGAGUUGGGUGUGUCCUACAUGGGAUUUUGUGUUGGUUGUAUUACAGCUUACGGUGUUGCAAUGGUUUUCUCCUGUUGGUAUGCUGCUAAAAAAAUGUCCAAUAAUACGUUUACGCCGGAAACACAUUUGGUGUUAAUGAUUUGGGUGUGUUGGACCCUUCCUCUUUCACUUUUUCUAUUUGGUUGGGCAGCUUCAGUUCAUUGGAUUAUACCGAUGAUUUCAGAGGUAAUAUUCAUUAUUGGUCAGUUCAAUAUUUUCCAAUCUGUCUUUUCCUACAUGGCGAUCUCUUAUCCCAAGUACAUGGCUUCGGCGUUUGCUGGAAAUAAUUUAUGUCGAUCGGGAUUUGCAUGUGCAUUCCCUCUCUUUGGGAAGGCUAUGUAUAAUAAUUUGGCCAUUGAUGGGUAUCCUGUGGGUUGGGGAUCGUCAAUUGUUGGUUUUUGUUGUCUCGCGCUUUCGGUAGUGCCGUUUGUAUUAUAUAGAUAUGGUGCAUACUUGCGGAGUAAAUCAAAGUUUGCUGGAUAA